UCCAUAUAUUAAGACUUUCAAAUUUCGUGGCACACACAUAUAGGAAAAGGAACGAUCUGAAUUCCCAAGUAGAGUAUUAUCUAAGGUUCUUAAUUUCCAAGCUAUCUCAACCUUUUUUCCCAAAUCCGAUCCAAUUACUUUUUUCAAAUCAAGGAUCUCGUCAUCUAUGCGAGAACUUGACCAUCCGUUUGAUCCCUAUUUCUCUGAAUAUGGUCAAAAUUUGCAAACCCUACCUUGAUUUCAUUCAAAGAUCGAAUCUUUUUUGCAAUUUUAGUGUUUCUGAUCCGUUCCACAGAUAAUUUGAUUAAAUUCAGGAAAAAGGUCCCUUUUUUUGAGUAUAUUGAUUUUGAAGAUAGUCAUGAGAAUUAUAUUGGGGCUUUUGUUAUUUGUUUGAAUUUUAGGUAAAAUUUUGUGAUUUCGUUUGAAUUGUUGAAAUUAAUUUGUUCGCCGAGUUGUGUAAAUCUCUUUUUUGUGAUCAGUGGGCUGUGCAAAUCGUUUUCUUUUUUUUUUGGGUCUGAGGAAGUGUUAUCAUGUAUAUAGAGGAAGAGAAGGGAGGAGAGUUGGAAAGUAGGGAGGAAGUGGAGGAGGUGGUGAGUAGAGUGGUGGAGAAGGCAGAGAAAUCAUCUGCUGCUGCUAAGGUGUUGUCUUGUAGUGGUAGUAGUGGCAAGAAUGCCAUUGUUGUGUUGGAUGUUAGGAGGGUUAUGGUUGGAGUUGGGGCUCGGGCGUUGUUUUACCCGACUCUUCUUUACAAUGUUGUUAGGAACAAGAUUCAAGUGGAGUUUCGCUGGUGGGACUGGAUUGACGAGUUUGUGUUAUUAGGUGCUGUCCCUUUCCAAUCCGAUGUAAAAAGGCUAAAGGAGCUUGGUGUUUCCGGUGUUGUCACCCUAAAUGAGCCAUAUGAGACCUUAGUUCCAACUUCUUUAUAUGAGGCUCAUGAUAUUCGUCAUUUGGUUCUGCCCACAAGAGAUUAUUUGUUCGCCCCAUCACUGCACAAUAUAUGUCAAGCAGUAGAGUUCAUCCAUGGUGAGUAUAAAUCUCAUCCCUUUGGCUUCCCACUUUGGUUAUUUGUUGAUUUUGCACUAUUGUCAAAGAUCUUGACCUUAAUUUCCUGGAUGCUUUUUACAUUUUAUCAUGACCUCACAGUCACUUACCAGCUUGAGAUUCAUCUAAUUGUCUCAGAAACUGGAACCACAAGCACAGUCUCCAUCAUAUCUCAAGUGACACUGACACAAUUUAAAGUUAAGUACAAGCAGAUGACACCAAAUGAUGCAUAUAACUAUGUGAAGUCAAUUCGUCCGAGGGUGCUUUUGGCCUCUUCCCAGAGACAGGCGGUCGAGGAAUUCUACCAUCUCAUGAUGAAAAGGACAUACAGUUGUAGCCCCUUGACUAGUCUGAUCUCAAGGAGCUCAAGGUUCUUGGCUGGACGAAAUUUGUUAGCCUUCGACGAUGGUGCUGUGGUUGUGAUAACCGAGGCUGAUCUAGAUGGAUAUGAUCAGAGCCUUCACUCUAGGGUGGAUGGAUCCGAGAUCUGGGCUGAUUUGAAUUUGAUUUACAGGGUUCGAGUUGCCGGUGGGGCAGCCCUAACAAGACUCUCCUGUAUGUGGUUUCGGUGCCACGACCAGAAGAUUCCAACUCAGAAGCUGACUGCAGAGAGCAAACAGGUGGGAAGUUUUACUGUAGAUAUACAUGUGUUCUCUUGAGUUAAAUUUGUACAUAUUUCUUCAGAAAAAAGCUGCUUACCGUGUAAGCUAUCUUGACUUUCUCAGUGUAAAUACAAUACACUUCUCAAGUUGCAAAUGAGAAGUUUGAGUAUAUGUAUGUAUAUAUAGCUGUAUGCAAAACUUGGAACUUUCAAGACGUAGCCUACCACCUUCCAAUGGAGUUAGAAUGAAAAUCGUGGGAUUUUAAUUUGUACUCA